CAAUACCCUAAACGCGUCGGAGCCAACUAGGCGGGGGAGAGAGAGGUUUUUUUUUUUGUAUUUUUCAGCGUGGCUGGAUGAUUAACCGUGGUGUAACAGUCUGCGUGAUUCUCAGCGCUUCAGCUGGAGACCAAAGUAUGAGCUCGAUAGAAAGUGACUGACUUACUUUGGGAUGUUUAAUUUGACGUGAAAUGAAUGUCAGCAGGAUCUGAACAAGCGGCUGUUUCUCUCUUAUGGACGUGGACUAUUCACGUGGAAAAUUACAAUGAGCCAGAUGGCACACUUGGAAGAGAGGACUUUGAUGCAGUAGUUGGAAAAGCAAAGCACCAGGCCAUCUCGAUCGACCCUGUUUCUCUCUCCUGUCCGUGACUCGCACCGCCAGCUCUGGGCAUGGAGUCGUACUCGAGGCCCAGCGGAGACAUCCUGCGUAGAAAUCCCCAGCACGACUUCGAACUCAUCCAGAGAGUCGGCAGUGGCACGUAUGGAGAUGUGUUCAAGGCUCGUAAAAUCUCCACUGGGGAGCUAGCAGCUGUAAAGAUGAUUAAAUUGGAGCCAGGAGAUGAUUUCUCAAUCAUUCAGCAAGAAAUCUUCAUGGUGAAAGAAUGUACUCAUCACAACAUCGUGGCCUAUUUUGGCAGCUACCUCUGUCGGGAGAAGCUGUGGAUUUGUAUGGAAUAUUGUGGAGGUGGCUCACUACAGGACAUUUACCAUGUUACAGGCCCUCUAUCUGAGCUUCAGAUUGCUUAUGUAUGCAGAGAGACGUUGCAGGGUUUGAGUUAUCUCCACUCCAAAGGAAAAAUGCACAGAGAUAUCAAGGGAGCAAAUAUUUUGCUUACUGACAAUGGGGAUGUCAAACUAGCGGACUUCGGCGUCGCAGCCAAAAUAACAGCCACCAUCGCCAAGAGGAAAUCCUUUAUUGGCACCCCCUACUGGAUGGCCCCAGAAGUGGCCGCUGUGGAGAAGAACGGAGGUUAUAAUCAGCUGUGUGAUAUUUGGGCUGUGGGAAUUACAUCUAUUGAGCUCGCUGAAUUGCAGCCACCCAUGUUUGACCUGCACCCGAUGAGGGCUUUAUUCCUAAUGUCCAAAAGCAGCUUCCAGCCUCCCAAGUUAAAGGACAAGAUUAAAUGGUCUACAUCCUUUCACACUUUUGUUAAAGUGUCUCUGACCAAGAACCCAAAGAAGAGGCCUACAGCUGAAAAACUGCUCACGCACAUGUUUGUGGCUCAAUCAGGUUUGAGUCGCAGACUUGCAGUUGAGCUGCUGGAUAAGAUGAAUAACCCAGACAACCCACCUCUAUAUAUCGAGAAAGAUGAGGAUGACCUGGAGCCUCCGCACCCUCCACACACCAUUCGUUCAGCUCCGAACAAGGAUGCUCGAGCUGGAAAAACACGCUCGGAGAUUGACUUUAAUAAGCUACGAUUUGAGCCUCCACUCAAGAAGGAAACGGAAGCAUGCUCUGAAAUGGAUGUGACCAGAGAGAAUGAUUUCUCCUCUCAGUGGAGCCCAUUUGCUGAGGGAGGCAUCUCCUCCAGUGGGCAUGUGACUUCCCUGGAGGAUGCCUUUGAGGAUCUAGAGAUAUCCACUCUAAAACAUGGUGUGCCUCCACCUCUUCCCCCUAAGCCACAUCUUUUCAGUUCAUCUGAUGACGUGGGUUUGAGUGAUGGCUCUUCAACAAUUAAGCGGUUCCCAGGCUCAGAUAAUGGCGUGGUCCCAGGGCCACACAGGCAGAUCACACCAGAAAGAGGCAACAGGAUCGAACAGAUGCAACAUGACUUCUCUGCUGGUGUGAGCAGCCCUGGACUGCUAUCACGCUCCACAGAACAUGGUGAGGAUUCUGAGGGCACCUUAAAUGGAGACACUUCUAAAUCACCACCUGGUCGACCACAAAGGAAGGAGAAGAAAGAAUUUCCUAAGCCAGCGAUUAAUGGCCUGCCGCCCACCCCGAAAGUUCUGAUGGGAGCAUGUUUUUCGAAAGUGUUUGAUGGCUGUCCUCUCAAAAUCAACUGUGCCACUUCAUGGAUUCACCCAGAUACCAAAGAUCAGUACUUGAUCUUUGGGACAGAGGAUGGCAUCUAUACACUGAACCUGAAUGAGUUACAUGAGGCCACCAUGGAGCAGUUGUUUCCACGGAGAUGUACCUGGCUCUACGUCAUAAAUAAUAACCUCAUGUCAUUAUCAGGGAAGACCUUCCAGCUGUAUUCUCACAAUCUGAUUGGCCUGUUUGAGCAGCUCAAAAAACCUGGACUUGCUGCACAGUUCCAAACUCACAGGUUCCCUGAGAGGAUACUGCCCAGGAGAUUUGCGCUGACCACCAAAAUCCCUGAUACAAAGGGCUGUCACAAGUGCUGCAUCGUGCGUAAUCCGUACACUGGUUUUAAGUACCUGUGUGGAGCACUGCAGUACGGUAUCGUUCUGUUACAGUGGUACGAACCUAUGCAGAGAUUCAUGCUUAUAAAGCACUUUGAUUUCCCGUUGCCGAAUCCUCUGCGUGUGUUUGAGAUGUUGGUUGUGCCAGAGCAGGAGUACCCCCUUGUGUGUGUAGCGGUCAGUCAGGGCACCGAGCCCAGCCAGGUUGUUCGUUUUGAAACAAUCAACCUCAACUCCUGUUCUUCCUGGUUUACUGAGAUUGGCUCAGCGGGGAAUCAGGUUGAUGCAAUUCACGUUACUCAGUUGGAGAGAGACACAGUGCUUGUGUGCCUUGACAAAAAUCUGAAGAUAGUGAACCUGCAAGGAAAGCUCAAAUCUAAUAAGAAACUGUCUUCUGAACUCAGCUUUGACUUCUGUAUCGGCUCAGUGGUCUGUCUUCAGGACAGUGUUUUGGCUUUCUGGAAACACGGCAUGCAGGGGAAGAGCUUCAAGUCUAACGAGGUAACGCAGGAAAUUUGUGACCCGAGCAGAGUGUUCCGACUACUCGGAUCAGAAAGGGUGGUGGUUUUGGAGAGCAGGCCCACUGAUAACCUGACGGCUUUCAGCAACCUUUACAUCCUGGCAGGCCAUGAGAACAGUUACUAGACUGAUUCUUGCUGAUACUGUUCCCUCACCAGGUCACUGCUCUGGCAUUGUGGAUUCAGAGCUGUCUGGCAGUGAACUUUCUUCUGUCUUUCACUAGGCUGCUUGUUUAAGCAAAGGUUUGAAGACAAAGUGAGCAGAGGCUUUAGAUUGUGCCUUUUUAAUAAUUCCCUGAAUGGACCUUCAAGCUGGUCCACGCUGUGCAUCUUUCUGCCCAUCACCGGUUAAUGGCUAAUUUAGAAUCCUAUCAAAAGUAGCAGCGUGAUUCCAGCAAAUGUAUUUAACAUCAGAAAUGCCUGAAGAAAUAAUAACCAAACGGCAAGACUGCAGAAAUUGUACUCUAAAGUGCCUUUUUUUUUUAAGGGGAUUGUCAGGCGUGCUUCAUUAAAUCCUUUGAGAAACAGGCUGUCCUGUGUGACUAAUCAGUAUGCAACUAACAUAUCUUCAAACCAGAUUUAGAUUUUAGAUCACCUUUUGGGAGUAUUUACCAGGCAUGGAUGGAGCAAAAAAGCGAACAAGGAAGCAAGGAUAUAUAAUGCUGGUGGCUAUUUAAAGUGUAAAUUAUUGAGCUGUGGUCAUGUGUUGUAGUUUAAAUGCAGUGUUUCUGAGAGCGCACCAGCAAAAGCUCAAUUCUUUAAUAGAGCAGGACUCCGUACAGCUCCGUCUUUAUUUUACUGCUUUGUAAUAAAAUAAUACAUUUUUCCUGCUUGGUUACAUUUUAGAACACAAUUAUAAUUGUAAAAUGGUAUCCUUUUUAUUGUAACUUUUAUUCAAUAUUUGCACCAUAUAAGCACUUUUGUACAUUAAUGUUUUUUUGUAUUUAAGAAUGACAAAAUAUGGGAGAUGCUAGGUUUUUAUGACUUGCGGAGUAUUUCCAUGGCUUCAGUUCUAAUGUAUGCUUUUUUUUGUAAUAAAAAGACUGUUAACAAGA